AUGAGCGACCUAGACCGAGCGAUCGAGCAGCUGCGGGCCUGCCGCCUGAUCCCCGAAUCCCAGGUCCGCGAGCUGUGCUACAAAGCGCGCGAGCUCUUAAUCGAAGAGGGCAACGUCGUCUCCGUCGAUGCGCCGGUCACCAUCUGCGGCGACAUCCAUGGCCAAUUCCACGAUCUAAUGGAAUUGUUUCGCGUGGGUGGUGACGUUCCCGACACUAAUUACCUAUUCAUGGGCGACUUUGUCGACCGCGGGUUCUAUUCGCUCGAGUCCUUCCUCCUCCUCCUCUGCCUCAAAGUGCGCUAUCCCGAUCGUAUCACCCUUAUUCGCGGAAACCAUGAGUCGCGUCAGAUCACUACCGUAUACGGUUUCUACGAUGAGUGUAUUCGCAAGUACGGCAGUGCCAACGUCUGGCGAUACUGUUGCGAAGUGUUCGACUACCUGGCGCUUGGCGCUAUCGUCCUCGGCGCUAGCUCUGAACUGGAGCCCACCUCAUCGGGUGCCGGUGAUAUGACACAGUCUACGAUGCCCGUUGAUGACGGCGAGCUGGAGACGGAGGUGUUAAAUUCGCGCGGAGAAGUCACAAUGAGUACAUACCGCCCGCGACAGCGCUCCUCCUCAGAUGCAUCCACAGACUCGCGGAAUAUCUCACCCCCACGCGAUAUAUCUGCCGCGCCAGGCCAGACGGCGGCUCCAACUCGCACCGGCGCUCCCGGAACGGGCGCCAGUGGAGACGGUAACGGCAGUGCGACGACCAGUCGUACGGGUGCCGUGCUCUGUGUCCACGGCGGCUUGUCACCCCUGAUCGACUCUGUUGAUAAGAUCCGGCUGAUCGAUCGGAAACAAGAAGUGCCCCAUGAAGGUGCCAUGUGUGAUCUUCUCUGGUCAGACCCCGACGAGAUCGAGGGAUGGGGAUUGAGCCCUCGUGGUGCCGGGUUCUUGUUUGGUGGGGACAUCGUCAAGCAGUUCAAUCAUCUCAAUGGCCUAUCUCUUGUGGCACGUGCCCACCAGCUUGUCAUGGAGGGAUACAAGGAGAUGUUCGACGGUGGUAUUGUCACGGUGUGGUCUGCACCGAACUACUGUUAUCGCUGUGGUAAUGUGGCCGCCAUCCUGGAGCUGGGCGAAGAUGCCAGUAAUGGGGGCACCGUUGCUCGCAGCAACGGAGAAUACGGACGAAGCAACGGCGUUGUGGGCGCGAAUGGUGCCGCCAACACUGUUGUCAGUCCUGGGAGGAGAUACCGCGUUUUCGAGGCCGCAGCGCAGGAUACUAGGGGUAUGCCUGCCAAGAAGCCCGUGGCUGAUUACUUCCUGUGA